AUGUCGCCAGCAGCUCCAUUUAGUCCCCCUUCAGCCGAAUUGCCCGGCAAGCCCUUCGUCCCUGAGUGGAUUCCCCCACCAGUGACACAGCAGAAGGAGCAAUUUGCCGAGCUCACUUCUAUUGAUCUCUCUCUGCUCGACUCUGAUGAUCCUUCUGUUGUGCAGGAGUUAGUCAACCAAGUUAAGAGAGCUAUUCGCGAGGAUGGGUUCCUAUUCCUUGAGAACUAUGGUAUCUCGCUAGAACAGCUCCAUCGCCAAUUCGCCAUCGCCCAGUACAUGUACAAAAACAUUUCUGAGGAGGACAAGGAACGUCUGCUCUUCAACCCUGACUCCGGUGUCUGGUCUGGCUACAAACACCCAUUUGGCUUCAAACGUCACCGUGGACCUCCUGAUGGCAUUGAACAGUUCAACUGGUACCGACCCGACUGGGAGGACAUCAACCGCGUGCCCACCUGUCUCCAUCCCUUCAUGGAUGAAAUCGAGGCUUUCGCCAAUUACCUCACCGGCUCGGUCAACCGUCGUCUUCUGACUCUCUUCUCUCGAGUUCUCGAGCUCCCAGACGAUUACCUAUGGGAAAACGUCCAGUCGCACGGCAGCCCAACUGGCGAGGGCUACUUCAGGCACGCUCUCUUCAGACCUGUGCAGAAGACAACAGAAGAAGCUUCCAAGGGUCUUCGCAUGCAUGGGCAUACCGACUUUGGUCUCACCACUCUACUCUUCUCUGUUCCUGUCUCUUGCCUCCAGAUCUGGGGUCAGGAUGAGAAGUGGUACUAUGCCCCCUAUAAGCCUGGUGCUCUUGUCGUCAAUAUCGGUGAUACUCUCGAGAUCGUAUCGGGGGGACACUUUAAAGCCACUCGUCACCGUGUCUACAAGCCCCCGGUUGACCAACGCAACUACGAGCGUCUCUCAUUGGUGCUAUUCAACAGCUCCGUCGGUGACUUGCGCAUGACACCAGCUGCUGAAUCUCCCCUUAUCCAGCGCGAGGGCUGCGUCGAAGAACAAGGAGUGUACGCUGAGUUCAAGAAGCGAACGCAGCAGGGCAAGCUCGUUCCCACCAACCGAGAAUGGCGCGAGAUCCAGAUCGCGACAUGUACGGAUCCUACCGACACAGUGAACAAUAGAGUUGGUGCUCAUCAGGUUCUGAUUGAUGGAAAACUCAUGCACCAGCGAGAGUACAUGGGGGUCAAGGUCGUUUUGCCAGUUUAA